AUGGGUCUCAUCACCGGCCUCGUCUCAACCGUAGUCCACGCCGCCGCCGGCCGGAACCCCUACGGCCACAACCACAACAACCACCCCCCCGUCACAACCCCCGGCAGUGCUGGCCCCAGUACCGUCGCCGGCCCCCACGAAGGCCACAACCACACGGGACCCGACGGCCAGCCCUGUGGCAUCUGCAAAGUCGCGCUCCCCUUUGGCAAAGGCCGCGAGGCCAAACGCGAGCGCAGAGCCGCGCGCGACGAGCGGAAGGCUGUUGUCUAUGCCAUGAGGGCGCAGCAGCGCGGGGGCAGGAGGGGACGGUACGGGUAUGAUACUGCUGGGUUCAUGGGCGUUGCUGGACCUUAUCAGCAGCAGCAGCAGCAGCAGCAGCAGCAGCAGGGAUAUUUCAACAACAAUGGAAACAACAUUUCCCGUGCUGGCCCGUCAUCUGGGCAGGAGGAGGGCGUUGGGGAGAGGAGGCGGGCUUCUACAGGCGACGAUGUGCCGCCGCCUGCGUAUUCUGCUGCCGGACCUUCGUCUAUGAACAUUGGCGUUGAGGCGAGUCGGAGCGUCGAGGUUUUGGGGAAUGGUGAUGAGAAGGAGCGUCCGGAAAAGGCCUAA